AGCGCGGCAACCGCAAGGCGCGUAGACGCGAGCUUACGCGCGUCCGCAAGCGUACGUGUGGUCUGGGCUUUACUCUUCGUGCUCGAGGAUAAGGUGCAGUUGUGUCCGUGAUUCGGCUUUCGGCUGACGUAAGCGGCGUAGAGACCGUUGAGUACUGCUGGACUGGUGCCAGAAGGUACUCGAAUGCUAGCCAAAGUUGGUUCUUUAUUCUAUGUGCCAACAGUGAUAUUGCUGUUGCGAUACGCUUUCUUCCGUCGUGCCCUGUUGCGUCUUCUGCCAAAAUGAGCGGUCGUGAAGAGAGCAUGCUGAGGCGGCGAAUUCUGCACCCGGCAUCUGCUGUGCUGAGGGGCAGUGAACAAGUGUACAGACAUGCACUCCUGCCAAGGUAUAAGCGCCGGAAGUCGUGGAUGCAUUUGCUGAGUGGCAUCGUUCUCCUUGUGUACGGCGCCUUCCCCGCUGCCUUUUACUUCUCUGGAUGGUUCAGAAGGUUCCUCAUCUUUGGGCAUUACCUAAAUUGGCCGCCCAUGAUGAACUUGACGGAUACAUACAGCUACGAGCUCCCUUGCACAAGGGCAUUCUUUCUGGAAUCGGCAAAUGGUGUCAUGCUUGGAGCUUGGCACAUCGUACCAAAGACUCAGUGGGGCCGCUGUGCUGCUGGCAUCAAAGAAGAGUCGGAAUUUGAAGACAACAGGCCAGUCAUCAUAUACUAUCAUGGUCAUGCGGAAACACGUGCUGCCGACUACAGGGUUCAGCUUUAUAGAAGGCUUUCAGAAAGUGCAAUUGAUGCCCAUGUGGUCACCUUUGAUUAUCGGGGCUUUGGAGACUCUACAAAUAUUAUGCCCAGCCGCAGUGGCGUAAUUGAAGAUUCGCUAGCUGUCUACAGAUGGGUUAAAGAGAGAGUGCCAAAGUCGAGGGUUAUUGUCUGGGGCCACUCCUUGGGCACAGGUGUUGUGAUGCAGCUUGCAGAGAUCUUCACUGACACGAAUGACAAUCCUGCAGGAAUUGUCCUGGAAGCACCGUUCAACAGUCUCGUGGAAGCUGCGCUGCGGUGGCCCCUGGGGUUGCCCUUUCGAUACUUGCCUGUGUUCAAACACCUAGCACAGCCACUGCAGAGUGAGGACACAAACUUCGAGUCGGAGCAGAAGGCUGGCAAGCUGAAUGCCCCUGUGUUGAUCAUGCACUGCAGAGAUGAUCCUCUCGUACCUUACGACCUUGGUCAGAAGCUGCUCUUUCACAUCCAAGCAGAUAGGCCAGCUCAUCUGCCUGCUCCAGUGUUCUACGAGGUGGGCAAGGGUGCUGGGCAUCGACGAAUUUACAAAGACCCCAGGUUUCCAUCUGUGGUCUCUGCUUUCAUCCAAAGCAUUACAAACUGAUUUCCUGCCAUAGCCGUCUCAGUUGAGAACUUAAGGCCACAGUCAUCUAUUGGUCACAUGGUCUUUAGUAGCUGCUGCUUCUACACGGUUGGCACUUUUCAUAGGUUGCAUUUAGCAUGUAGAAUUACGACACCAUGUAAGCCAAAGAUAUUUGUUUGCUAUGGAAAUAUGCAGUUGUAUUUAAAUAAUUUACAGACUUCCCUUAAACUACUGCCAUCUUGUAAAUUUAAACUGUUUUUGACUUCUUUUUGUCACUUAUGAACAUUAAAGUCUCCUCUUCCU